AUGGAACACGAAAAGCGUCAACGAAAUAAUUUUAUUGAUGAUUAUGAUGAUAGCAAGAGAAAAAAGAUAGCAAGUGAAAGUCACCAGUGUGUAUCAAGAGAAUCUGUCACAUAUUUCGAACAUCUUUCUAAUGAACUUAUUUAUGAGGUAUUUGAAUUUCUCGAUUGUUUUCAUAUAUAUGAAGCUUUUUUCAAACUUAAUAUGCGAUUUCGCAAUCUUCUUGCUAACUCAACUCUUCCUAUUAAAAUUAAUAUUUCAUCUAUGUCUAAAUCAGCUUAUCAAAAAUAUUAUACAGAUAUUAUCGUGACCAACGCCUAUCGAAUUAAUUCACUUCAAUUAUCAAACUUAUUUAUUUAUGAUCUUACAUCGUCACCAAUUCAAAUUCUACCAAAAUUUCUUCAACUUGAAACACUGAUUUUUGAUAAUGUGGAAUCAGAAUAUUUGGAAAAACUUCUUCGUUCAUUAAAAUCUUUGCCCAUACUCUCUUCAUUGACUAUUAAUUCACUUAAUAAUAUAAUAAAUAAGAAUGCUAUCUAUCAUGAAAUAUUUUGUCUACGUGCUUUGAAAUAUUGUAAAGUGUCCUUAGAAAGAAAUUCUAACGAUGAUGAUCUACUACCACCGAUUGCGAAUCAUUACAGUCCAAUCGAACAUCUAAUCAUUAACGAUGACAUGUAUUUAGACGAACUUAAUUGUUUGGCAUCAUAUGUUCCUCAACUUCGUCGUUUUUCAAUUCAACUACGGUCAGCAUAUUGGAAACAACGAAACAAAGUACAUCCACCUACAUUAAAUCAUUUGACACAUGUUUUUCUCAAAAUGAAUUAUGUAAAUUUUAAUGAAUUCGAACAAUUAGUCAUUGAUCUUUUCGCUACAAUUCAAUUUUUACGUAUUUCGAUAAUAAAUAACGGUGAUAUGAACUAUAUGAAUAAUAAAAGAUGGGAAGAACUGAUAUUAUCCCAUAUGUCACAUUUACGUAUAUUUGACAUUCGAUAUGAAUGUUGCCUUUACAAUAUGACUCUUGAUGAUAAUAAUCCGUUUACAUUAAAUGAUUACAUCAAUCAGUUUACAACUCCAUUUUGGAUUGAACGGCAAUGGUUUUUUGAACUUCAGUAUUAUCAAGAAAGAUACUCAAAUCGAGCAAUAUUCUAUUCAACAGAUCCAUAUAGAAGAAAAACUUAUACAUUAUCACAGAAAUCAAAUAAAAAAACUUGUUUAAACUCCUCCGAAACUAAUCUUAGUUCAGUUCAUCAUGUUCAAAUUCAACGUGAAAAAGAAAUGAUCAAUUGUGUAAAUUAUUUUCCGAAUGUUACGAAACUUACUUUUGAAAGUGGUUUUUCUACUACUCAUAAUUCAAUGAAUAGUCAAAUUAUGGCGUCAGAUAUUGAUUAUGAUAUUUUUGAUUAUAAUUUAAGUCAAGAUUCUUUCGAAAUCGAUUAUCAAAUUGAUCUAUUUGAAUUUUGUCAAUGUUUUAAAUCGAGAAAAAGUAAACAAAAAUUAAAAAAAUCUUCGUGUCCAAUCUCAUUAAAAAUUAUUAAAUCACAAUCAAAAUUAGUCAAAUUGAAUUGUACGAAUGAUAAAAUAACACGUAAAGCUGAACCAAAAUCAUUUCGUUACGAUCGUUUUUCAAAAAAGUCAAAGACUUUCGAAUGUGAUGAAGAAUUUCAAGAAAAAUCAAGACAAUCCAUAUGUAUGUAA